CGUGCUUUACGAUACCUGUCACGUAAUGAUUUUUCAGCUACUGAUGGUUAUGUGUACAUGUUUUGUUAUUUUCACCAAUACUAUUACAAUGACCAUGUAAUAUGAUGUACCGUGCAAAGUCUCCAUAAAAGUCGAUGAAAUGAUUACACAAUCGAUUAUUCGAUUACUAUUCCAAAAGCAGAAUAGAAUACCGACCCUUAUUGUAGAAAUCCCCAAAAAAGCGUUUUUCAAUAAAAGAGACAUAUGUAUAGGCAACACUUCCAUCAUAAUGUUUUACCAUCAGCAUUACUUUAUGUAAAUUGUGUUGUUUGUGUAGUGUUGUCACGAAAAAUAAAAGUAUUUUUUUGGGUUAUUCUAAUGGUGAUCUCAUUUUACUAUGCCGUUUCCCUCAUGUGGGACACCUACUUGAAGUGGCUAGAUUCACCUGUGAUUUUGGGAUUCGAUGAGACCCUAGUGCCCGUUUCAUCCAUACCCUUUCCUACCAUCACCAUUUGUCCCGAAAUUAAAAUGGAAAGGGAUAGAUUUGAUUUUACAAAUGUGGCAAAUCAAAUCUGGACGGAAAUUGAAGAAAAUGACAGUUUUACAAAUUCUGGAAAUGUAACCGAAGAAGAAUUACAAAAGUUUGUGGCAACUUUACAAAUAUGUGAAAAUGAAGUGCUGGAACGCUUUUCUCCCUAUAUGCCCAAAAAUUUGCCUGUUGAUGUACCUCAAACUCUAGUCGAUCUGGCGUUGGUGCCGAACAUUACUUUGCCUUUCUGCAAAUGGAAUGGUCGCUUCUAUUUCUGCAACUAUCUCUUCAAAUAUGUGCUAACAGACGAAGGCAUUUGCUAUCAAUUCAAUGGUCUUAACACCCAGGACAUUUACAGGGACCCUAAUUACCUAAGCUAUUCGGAUAAAACAGUCAUCGACUAUAACAACUAUUAUGAUGUGGAGUUGCCCCGUUACAAAGAUGUUACCGGAAACUGGUCUUUGGAUGAUGGCUAUGUGGGACAAGGAUUUAAUGCAUAUCCCCAGAGAUCGGUUUUGUCUUCGGCACGAAAUGGCUUAUUCGCUUUUAUGAUGGGAUUUGAACAUAAUUUCGAUUACACUUGUCGCAGUUUUAAACAAGGCUAUAAAGUUUUCCUCAAUUCUCCUGAGAGUGUACCCCUAACGACGGGCAAUUAUAUUUUAGUUCCACACGAUGAUGAGGUGCUAGUUUCUGUUCUACCGCAAUAUGUUACUUCCACCGAAAAUUUACACCAGUUUGGUCCAGAAAAGCGGCAAUGUUAUUUCAACGAUGAGCGUUAUUUACGCUUCUUCAAAUCGUAUUCCCAGAGCAACUGUCAAACUGAAUGCCUGGCAAAUUUCACAAUAAAUAAAUGUGGAUGUGCCAAAUUUUGGAUGCCAAAACCCAUAGACGUUCCUACAUGUGGCCUGGCUGAGGUCACUUGCUAUAUGAGCGCUGAGGAAGAAAUGAAUUUUGUUAUUUCGAAUCAAACAAAAUUGAAAUCAACUGAUCCCAGUGUUGAGAUAUUGUGCGAUUGCAUACCAUCGUGUAAUUCUUUGGAUUAUAAUUUUGAAAUAUCACGAGCCUUCUAUGAUUAUGAGAAAACAGUUUUGGCCCAACGGGAUACCUAUGAACAUGAUGAUGGUCGUGGCUCUCGUUUGUCCGUUUACUUUAAGGAAACUCAAUUUACUGCCAUAAAACGUACUGUCAUGUAUGGCAUUACAACUCUGAUAGCAAAUUGUGGUGGCAUAUUUGGAUUAUUCAUGGGAAUUUCCAGCUUAAGUGUGAUUGAGCUGAUCUAUUUCUUUUCUGUGCGUUUGUGUAAUAAUUUGCAUAAGAGACGAUUAAUUAAGAAGAUGCUUUUGCAACAGGAUUUAGAUAUAUAUGAGGAGUAAUCAGAGGAGGAGUAAUCAAAAACAAUAUUUUUUUUUUUUAUAAAUUUUUAAUACUAUUGUAACUUAUAUGUACACACACUAAGGUCGUAAAUGCAUAUUCACUUUAACAAUGCACAUUAAAAUUUUGUAUUUUUAUAUUAACAGAUUAAAAAAAAAUUGUAACGAAUAUACUAAAGAGAAGGUAGAAGAUGCCUAAUUUUAAAAUAGGACUGAUUAGUUGGGAAUGUCAAUAAAAUUUGUUCUUAAAACGAAAUUUCAAUAAAACUGUUGUUGUUGUUGUAGCAGUGUGUUUUACACCGAGACGGCAGCCCUUGCCGAUGGAGGAUUCCAUCGGGUCAAUCCGGUACGUACAACCGGCUGCCAUGGGAUUGAUAAAACUGUGAAGACAAAAUGUUAAUAUAAUUUUCUCUAAAGAUAAAAUUUCAACUACAUUUUCUUAUGGAAAUAUGGUAUUAAAAUUUUUUCUUAGCCUGCUAAGCAUCCUUACAACCAUAUAU